UUUUUCUUAGGAAAAAAAACAAAAGAAAACAGCAUGUUCGAUAAGAUAGUGCUCCACUUUAUCCAGUGGCUUGAAGGAAGUGAAGAAGAUUCAAUUGUCACCAUUUUCACUGCUUAAUUAUAAUGUUGCUGCUUCAACUUCAUCAAUCACCCAAGAAAAAUGGAGUCUUUGGAAGCCCCAUUAGAGCUUCACCUAUUCCAAGAAGAAGGAAGCUCUUCCUGCUAUCACAAGCCAUUCCUUCCAGAACCCAAAGGAUAAUGGAAAGCAUUUCAGUAAGCGGGGAAGUUGGUGGUGCUGGUGGUGCAUAUUCAUAUAAUGCCUUAAAAAGACUGGACCAGCUGUGGUCUACCAUCUGCUCUGCUUCAUCAGCUGUCCAAGAACCUCAGCAAGUAGUUUCAAAUGUUGCUGGUCUGUUUAGCAAUUCUGAACUUGCUGAAAGAUUUGAGGAUAAAUUUGAUGUUGUAGUUUGUGGAGGUACACUAGGUAUCUUCAUUGCCACAGCAUUGAGUUCCAAAGGACUACGAGUGGGAGUUGUAGAGAGGAACGUAUUAAAAGGGAGGGAGCAAGAAUGGAACAUAUCAAGGAAAGAGCUUCUGGAACUUGUAGAAGUUGGCAUUCUCACAGAAGAUGACAUUGACGAGGCUAUUGCUGCCUCUUUCAAUCCUAACAGAUGUGGGUUUGAAAGUAAGGGUGAGAUUUGGGUUGAAGACAUUCUUAAUCUUGGGAUUUCGCCAGCUAAGCUCAUAGAGAUUAUGAGAAGGCGCUUUGAGUACCUUGGUGGUGUCAUUUUGGAGGGGUACAAUGUGGCUAGCAUACGUGUCUACGAUGAUACAGCAGUCCUGGAGCUUUCAAAGGGAAGGAUUUUGUCUUCAAGUCUCGUAAUUGAUGCGAUGGGGAACUUUUCCCCCAUUGUAAAACAGAUCAGAUGUGGUAGGAAACCUGAUGGUGUAUGCCUUGUUGUUGGCUCCUGUGGUCGUGGAUUUAAAGAGAAUUCCAGGAGUGAUGUCAUAUACAGCAAUGCUUCUGUAAAGGAAGUUGGAGAAUCACAAGUACAAUAUUUCUGGGAGGCAUUCCCUGCUGGCUCAGGCCCAACAGAUCGAACUACUUAUAUGUUCACUUAUGUCAAUCCACAACCCGAAUGUCCAAAAUUAGAAGAGUUACUAGAAGAUUACUGGAAUUUGAUGCCAAAUUAUCAGGGAGUGUCACUUGACAACCUGGAGAUACUGAGAGUUGUAUUUGGCAUUUUCCCUACCUAUCGAGACAGCCCAUUGCCUGCAGCUUUUAACCGCAUUCUACAGUUUGGUGAUGCUAGUGGGAUACAGUCACCAGUCUCUUUUGGUGGUUUUGGGAGCUUGACCAGACACCUUUGGAGAUUAACAGAAGGCAUUUGUGAAGCAAUUGAAGGCAAUUUUCUGGACCAUAAGAGCUUGUCCUUGCUAAAUCCAUACAUGCCAAACUUAAGUUCAUCGUGGUUGUUUCAAAGAGCAAUGUCAGCCAAGAAAGAGUCCAACGUUGCUCCUGAUUUCAUCAAUGAACUUCUCUAUGCGAAUUUUCAGAGCAUGCAGAAACUAGGGGACCCUGUACUGAGACCAUUUCUCCAGGAUGUCAUUCAGUUUGGACCUUUAGUGAAGACAUUGGGCCAAGUAAUGUUGACAAGACCUCGAAUUCUUCCAUCAAUAUUUCAGCAGGUUGGAAUACCUGUACUGCUUGACUGGUCUGGGCAUUUUGCCAUGUUAGGAUACUACACAUUCCUUUCCACCUACAUUGACCCUACAAUUAGGCCAUUGAUAAAGACAUUCCCCCCAAAGAUGGAAUACAGAUGGAAGAGGCGUCUUGAGGCUUGGAAAUAUGGAGCUGGUUUAGACUACAAAUUUGAGGCACCCCAGAACAGGACAAAUAGAUAAAGCACCUAUAGAAAAUUAUCCAAAAUAAUGCUAUUUUUUUCUUUGAUGAAUAGCUAUUUACUAUAGAUAAGAAAGAAAAUUCCCCUUGUCCCCUUUUCCGUUUCUUAAAUCCUACCCUUCCCUUACUAGGAAAGAAAAAAAAGAUUAGCUGUAAGUAAGAAGAGCAAACCCUCAGAUCCUAGCUGUGCUUAUUGGAAUUUCCUUUACUAA